UCUGUCGAAGAGCGCUGUUCUGGUGGAGGGGGAGUGACAUGGAGUCGUCGGUCGAGGAAUUGAUGCCCCGGCUUUUGCCUGUGGAGGAUUGUGACAUCGCGGAGGAUUUCGAUCCUAGUGUGCCCCCCAGAACACCCCAAGAGUAUUUAAAGCGGGUUCAGAUUGAAGCUGCAAAAUGCCCCGAUGUUGUUGUGGCCCAGAUUGACCCAAGAAAACUGAAAAAGAAACAGACAGUGAAUAUUUCACUCUCAGGAUGCCUCCCUGCCCCUGAAGGAUACUCACCAACUCUGAAAUGGCAACAACAACAAGUGGCUCACUUUUCAGCCAUUCGCCAGAGUGUGUACAAACACAGGGACCACUGGAAAUCCCAGCAUUUGGACAGUAAUGUUACGAUGCCCACAUCAGAUGACGAAGAAGGCUGGAAAAGGUUUUGUCUGGGUGAAACGUUGUAUUUAAAUACAGGUGUUAAAGUAUACAGUGAUGAAAAUCAAGGAAUUGAUUACAUACAGGUUGGCUUUCCUCCAUUGCUGAGCAUUGUUAGCAGAAUGAAUCAGGCAACAGUAACCAGUGUCUUGGAAUAUCUAAUAAACUGGUUUGCAGAGAAGGAAUUUACUUCAGAACUGGGCAGAUGGCUUUAUGCUUUGCUGGCCUGUCUUGAAAAACCAUUGUUACCAGAGGCUCACUCCCUGAUUCGGCAAUUGGCCAGAAGAUGCUCUGAAGUGAGAGUUUUGGAGGAGAACAAGAAUGAAGAAAGAGUAUCUGCUCUGAACUUGUUAAUUUGUUUAGUUGGCAGGUACUUUGACCAGCAUGAUCUGGCCGAUGAGCCAGCUUGAUAAAGUUUGGAGAGCAAAGAAGCAUGGCCUAUCAUAAUAACUGUGAGGGAAUGCCAUGCCAAUAUACUCAGUCAGCUCCUAUAUGACUUAAGGGUGAAGAACUGCAGCUGUGCCCUACCUUCCAGUAUGACCUUGCUGGAUUGUAAGAACAGUAAUUCAAAGUGAUUUUAGCAACAGUUGUGGUCAACUCAACUUGAAAGAUGUCAACAGCAGGGCGCCUGAACACUUUGUCAACUUCUUUGCCGGCAAACUGCUGUGAGACCUGUAUCCAAACUGCAAGCUCAUCCUAAUCAAACCAUGGAGCAAGACUGUUGAACUUGUUUUAAAAACCCAGCAGGUUUUUAAAAAUCAGAUCUGUACAGAUUUUCCCCUUCCCCCAUCAGUUAAUGUAAAGUUGUA